GUCUAUAGCCCGCCCUUCUUUUCGCUUCACACAACGUUCCUUCGCUUCAUUCAUCUCAGUCUACCGGCCGUUCGUUUCGCUUCGAGAUCCCCUCUCCCACCUCUAUUACCACUAUCCCCCCCCCCAUUCGCAGUUCACAUCUACCAUAUGAGCCCAAGUCUGGAUCGGCUUCGCUAUAUCUUCCUCCUUCUUUCUCAUCCCUGCGACUACACCGAGACCUGACCCUCGAAGCCGAGACCCUGGAUGAUGGGCACCACAAUACCUAACGACACCAUGGAUCGCAUCGAAUGUUCUGCCAUUUACAUCGAUCAUCGCGUCAGGUCGGAGCGAUGGGUUGAUCACAACACCCUGGACCCGGUAACGGACCCGGAUGCGCAAGCCCUCCUGCUCGAAGAACCGGAGUCGCUUCGAUCGGACGUCCGAGUGCUGUUGGGGGUUUGUAAACGUAUCUAUCUCUGUCAAGCCGGCGCGUCGAUCGCAACGAAACUAGCCGAGUUGAGCGACGGCGCGGGUAGCAAAUAUAUGCCGAUUUUUGCAUUUUUCGACAUAGAUCUGCACGGAGAAGAACCGACCCUACAUCGCCGCCGAGCGAGUCGUGGCUCGUGGGCAGACGUAUCGCCUCCCUCGCCCGCGUCGCUACGCCGUGGAUUCACCUUUUCCUCGAACUGGGAGGGGGCAUAUGAUCUGAAAUUACUGUCCGGAUUAUCAACCGACAUCCAAGUGCAGGAUUUGCCCAAUUUGAUCGUGCCUGUUGCCAUCCUGCGCCCUCCGUCCGGCGACCUUACCAGUGCCCCUAUCGAUCAACCACCUAGUAUAUCCACCCUUCCCGACCCGCAACACAUUUCCAAAUGCCUGGAUGCCGGUGCUGUCGACGUCCUCGUAACCCCGCUGGACAGCUGUCGAGCGCAAGCUCUGGUUGUCCAUGCUUACCGGACCCGUAAAACUGCCUUGCGAGAAUCCGCGCGCUUCCUGUCGAGGAAGAAAACGCGAAAGCACUCGUGGGUGGGGGUGCACGAUGAGCAGCCUUAUGCUUACCUGCGAGAGGCGAUGGUUUCCAAGCUCAUGAAAGGCAUUUGCAAUCCAGAAGAGGUCAUUGAAGAGUUUCAGGACCGCGAGUUAGAUGUACGCGCGGAGCGCGCAGAACUCGUUAGAGAACAAAUCGGACAAUGGAGCUUCACCGCUCACGGAUUCUCUGACGAUGAGUUGGUCCUGGCAGCCUUUGAGAUGCUUCAACAUGCUUUAAGUGUGCCUGACUUGGGAGAGUGGCAACUGACACCGGGUGAACUUCGGACGUUCCUCCUUGCCUGCCGCGCCUCCUACAAUUCCUUCGUGCUAUACCACAAUUUCCGCCAUGCCAUAGACGUUCUGCAGUCCGUCUUCUGCUUUUUGCUCCAUAUAGGCGCGCUGCCUCCUUAUCGAUCGGUCGGCCCGGCGUCGGGCGACAAGUGCCCGAUUGCAUCCCUGCUCACGCCGUUUGAUACCCUGACCUUGCUGAUCUCUGCGAUUGGUCACGAUGUCGGUCACCCGGGCGUAAACAACUUUUUCUUGGUCAAGCUGAAUGCCCCCCUGGCUCAACUCUAUAACGACAACUCCGUCUUGGAGGCGUUUCACUGCGCCGCCUUUUCCCAAAUCCUGCGUCGGUACUGGCCGGCUGCUUUCAAAGAUCGCCAGCUCCGCAAAUUGCUGAUCAGCUCCAUCCUAGCAACGGAUAUGGGCGUUCACCAGAAGUUCAUGGAACGAUUAGGGUCGCUGCAAGAGCGGUUUCAUGAGAAUGAUUGCACCACGGACGGGUGGAAGCCGCAAGAUCUGGAGCUUUACAAGACCCUCGUGUGCGGUCUGCUGAUCAAAUGUGCCGACAUCAGCAAUGUGGCGCGGCCGUGGGAUGUUGCAGAAAAGUGGACCCAGAUCCUACAGGAGGAGUUCGCCAAUCAGGGCGAAAUGGAGAAAGAGGUGGGAAUGGAGACUGCUUUGUUUGGCGGGCCCCCAGAGCUCGGGAACAUCUACAAACUUGCCACUGGCCAGAUUGGCUUCAUGUCGAUCUUUGCGCUACCUCUGUUUGAGGGGGUAUCGGAUAUCCUUCCCGACUUGAAAUUUACGGUGGACCAUAUUCGAGGAAACCAGUUCAGAUGGCAUAUGCUUGCCGACCGAGAAAAGAGCCGACAAACACUGUUAUUAGAUUUGCGUCCAGAUGAGGUGGUUUCUCCGCGUACGCAGAGUCCAAUUCGAAGUCUCAAGGGUAUGCGCGCCCCGGUGGCAACCCCUGGCCCCGACACUCUGGUCAAGCCCGCCUUCCCUACCAGCGCUACCCCGCGGUCCGCUCCGGACGACUACUUCGGGGCCGUGCACUCGCCCGUCAACUCGGAUGAACCACCCAGUGACUACAAUGAGAACAACAUCAGCCCCGUGGUAUCACCGGAUACACCUGGUCCGUCUAUGGACAUCACAGGCAGUCCAUUCCCAACGGAGAUAGACUCACGCAAAUCAUCCGGUGCUGUGUUCGACCAUGCAACGGUCUCCACUCCCGGAGAAUCACGCACCAGUAGCCAUGACUUCUCCACCACGCCUUCAGCACGGCCGAGUGAGACAUUUGACGGAGCCUCGGACACAAAUCGCUCGUCGACCGACCCGACCAUGAUGGCCACAGUUGUCCUGGCCAAUUCGUCCGCCACGAAUGGCGGGGCAUCCGGGCCAUCUAGUGCCCGCAACAGCUCGAUUGAAGGCGUGGCGGAACGCCCCAGCAGUUCACGACAAGCCCCUACCGGGUGUCGCCGUCGCCAUGCGAACACUGGCUCAUCUGGACGCACGUCUGGCCUAUCGAGCUCUCAACGGAACAGCUGCACUCGGACCCACAGCGUCAGCACCUACAGCAACAACAUGACCCCGAUCUCUCCGGCUACCAAUGCGACCAGCUUCCUGACGGUGGACAGUGACGAGAAAGGAUUUGCUCGGGAAAGUGUCAGCCGGAGCGACAAUGAAGAGUGGAGCCGGGCCAACAUCCGACCUGCGACUUCUAAUCAUGAGUCUACCGGUACCGUCUACCCGGUCAACCGUCGGGCAUCCGACCCACACACGUACGACGCUGGGAGCAAGCACUUGGGAUCGCCUGCGGGCAAUGGCACCGGCAGCUCUGGGCAAUCCACGACGACCGCGGGCAGCUCCAAACAAGAUGGACGAGGUCGUCCUUGGGGCGAGCCUGGCGAGCGUCACUCGGGCCCCUUCAAACUGGUAAAACGACGGAGUCGUCUCCGACUGGCAUUUUGGCGACGCAAGCCGCAUCAUUCGCACCAGCACGAGCUGAGUGGCGAGACCUGACACGAUCUUCUGCUUCUUUGGCGUUAUUCUGCGAUUUGAUUUCAAGGUGUUCAUGGAAAACCAAGGGGGAACUUGGGUUAUGGG